AUGGCUGAUGAUACGGCAAAGCUGAGCCCCAAUUUGAACAUCCGUAAGAAGCGUAGUGUUCAGUUCCUUGUCGAUGGCCACCUUCACGAGCAUGAGGCGGCCAUUUUCAACGCCGCGCUGCUCAACGAUGCCUCCUGUACUUCCUCUAACGAUGGCGACAAUGUGUCAAUCAAGAGCACUAGUUCGAGUUGCCGUCUCCUCCAUCCCAUCCACUCGGCCAGCCCACGACCUGCGGGCGUCGAAACGGAAGAUGACGACGACGAUGAGGACGGUAGCCCAAUCACCAUCUGCCGACCUCCAGGUGCCCCCGAUGAGCUCGCUGUUUUCGAGAUUGGGCUCGGAAUGCUGCGACAGCACACCAUUUAUGAGAUUCAAUUCCUGCUUCCUGCUGCUGGCCGACUCGACACGGAAGAUGUUGAGGUCAUUCGAUCCAAUGUUGUUGUGCCCGAAGGGGGACGAAAAUUUCAGCUUUCUGCCGAAGUGGACGUCUUGCAAAUUGACUACUUGAAAGACGAAGAUGUCUACAAACUGACACUGAGAAUGACCACAACUGCCAAUCCUCACUUGUUCGAGAAUUUCGCCCUGAAGAGUGUCGCACACCAAGACCAAUGCGUUUACUUCAUUCUGCGUGGAAACGCCUUGGGCAAGGGACAUGGCACGCCUUCCCUUCGGCUGGGCAUCCAUCAGGUGGGACACUCGGCGGAGUUUGAGGAAUCCGACGCGAAGACCGAAUGGGCUGGCUUUGUGGAGGAGGCGGCGGGAGAGAGCCAGGAGUAG